AUGCAGAGGGUUCUAGAGAUGCUGGCGAAGAUGGGGAACGAGAUGGUGGACCUGAAACAUAGAGUAUCCGAGCAAAGCGACACGAUCAGGAAGCUGAGCGCCACGGUUUACAAGCAAAGCACCAUCAUUCAAGGACAGGAAGAUCUGAUCCGAGGCUUGGAGGUCCAAGUCCAGGAAUCCAAGGAAGAGUUUCGACGCAAGAGCGAUGAGCACGACGCGGAAUUAAAACGGGGACACCAGGAUCUUCAGAGAGAAGUCGCCGCUUUGAAAGAGCAAUUGGCCCAGCUUACGCAGAAGCUGAAUGCUUCGGGUGAGGUGACUCUGUCAAGCGGCGCUCGAGCAACGUUUGCCGAUAUUGCGCGCACACUGCCAGCGAGCCCGCCGACGAGUCUAUCCAGCGUAGCUGUCCCAAGAAAGCAGCAGACAGCCAGCGAUCCUCUCCAUUGUACCAUCGACACAUCUCGCGCCAUCGAGACUGAGAUGAGAGCGAUGAACGGACAAGAGACCUGGAGAGACGAAGCCGAGCUUCAGAUGGUCAAAGAGGCUGCGCAGAAGACAGCCGUGGAAGGUUCACGAGUUAUGCGAGACCAGCUGUACCCGGUCCGAGUCGACAACGCCAACCGCACAGCAAUCCUUGACGCGGAAGGCAACGUUCUGCCUGGAGCGAUCGAGGCCUUGAGUGCCGAAAACAGAGUGACCAUUGGCAAGAUUUCCUGGUUGAGCAAACGAGAGUCUGGCAAAGCGUACGGGUCCAUGGUGGUGUAUGUCACCAAGAAAAGCGACGCAGAAAGGCUUCUAGAAGGGCACUACUUUGACCUAGCGGGAGAGUCAGCCACCACCUAUGUAUUCGAGCCAAGAACGGGACCAAUCCAAUGCUUCAACUGCCAGGAGAUCGGUCACAAAGCAUAUGCAUGCAAGAAGCAGCGGACAUGCGGCAAGUGCGCAAAGGUUGGGCAUCACCACAGAGUGCACAUGAUGCUUGAGUCCCUCCGCAUCCUACAGCUGAAUGCGCACAAGAGUGAUGUGGUGCAGCAAAGCCUGAUGAACGACGCAGGCCUCAAGGACUUUGCUGUGCUGGCUCUUUCUGAGCCGUAUGCGCGUGUUAUCGACGGAGAGGUGGUGACGAGCCCUAUGGGACACCAUAACUGGACAAAGAUGAUACCGACGUGUGCUCGUGACGGCCUGUGGCCGAUCCGUAGCAUGCUUUGGAUCCGAAGUGACCUUGAGGCGGAGCAAGUGCCUGUGCCGUCGGCCGAUCUCACAGCAGUGGUGCUCCGACUCGAGGAGGAAGUGAUGGUGGUAUCAGUGUACGUGCAAGGAAAGAACGACGAGGCGCUGACGAGCGCGAUGGAGCUGCUGCGCGACCUGAUCGAUCGCUUCCGUGAUGGGACAGGAAACCGCACAGAUGUGGUUCUGGCGGGAGACUUCAACCGCCACGAUCUCCUCUGGGGCGGAGAUGAAGUGGCGGACGAGGAGAGCACCAUCGACUUGGUGCUGGCAUCGGCAGAACUGGCAGACGAGGUGAUAUCCUGCAUGACUCACCCGACAGAUCACGGGUCAGACCACAGAGCGAUCCAGACGGCCUUCGACAUUCAAGUACCGGAGAGAACGUUUCCACAGCGCCUGAUGCUCAAGAACGCGCCGUGGAUCGCCAUCGCAACCAGGGUCGAGGACGAGCUUCGGCCUCUUCCGUGGAGUGUGGGGGUACAGACGCAGGCGGAUCAGCUCAUGAGGGUGGUCACCAAGGUGCUUCAUGAUCUGACACCUCGGGCACAGCCGCCGCCAUACGCGAAGCGAUGGUGGACAAAGGACCUGACGCGACUGCGGCAAACGUACACGUAUUGGCGCAAUCAAGCAAGGGCGCAGCGAAGAGUCGGUCAACCGCAGCCGGAUCUGGAGCAACGCGCCAAGGACGCUGCCAAGGAGUACCACGACAACGUGCGGAAACAGAAGAAGUCCCAUUGGGACGACUUCGUCACCGACGAGAACAACAUCUGGAAAGUGGUCAAGUAUCUGAAACCCGUCGUGAAUGUGUUCGAUGACAAGGUGCCGCCGUUGAGGAGAGCCGACGGCUCGAUCACCAAAGGCAAAGGAGAGCAAGGUGAGGAGCUCCUGAGCACCUUCUUCCCGCCUCUGCCAACCAUGAUCGAACCGGAGGGUGAGCGUCCGCAAAGAGAAGCGAUAACCAUGCCCGACCUCACCUUCGCCGGGGAGGACGGCCUCCCUGUGAUUGUGUGGAAGAAGCUCUGGCACGUGGUCAAGCAUCGGGUGUGGACGCUCUUCGACUCAUCGCUUCGAGAGGGCGUGGUGCCCCAUCAAUGGCGGACGGCCAAGAUCAUCCCGCUGAAGAAGCCGGUCGUUGCAGAACGCAUCAGCUAUGCAGUCGAAGCUCAUGGGCUGUUGCCCGCGAACCACUUUGGUGCACGGAAACGCAGGUCGGCAGACCAAGCACUCGUGCUUCUGCAGGAGCGGAUAUAUAAGGCUUGGAGAAUGGGCAGGGUUUUGAGUCUGGUCAGCUUCGACGUCAAAGGGGCGUACAAUGGAGUUUGCAAAGAGCGGCUGCUUGAGAGGAUGAAAGCUCGAGGCAUCCCGAGUCGCCUGGUCAAGUGGGUAGACGCAUUCUGCUCGGAACGGACCGCAUCGGUGGUUGUCAACGGGCACACAUCCGAGCAGCAAGCCCUGGCGCAGGCCGGCUUACCCCAAGGAUCUCCACUAUCACCGGUGGCAUUUCUGUUCUUCAAUGCGGACCUGGUGCAGAGGCGAAUCAGUAACAACAGCGGCUCCAUCGCCUUCGUGGACGACUACUCUGCCUGGGUCACUGGACCAACGGCCGAGUCGAACAGAGAGGGUAUUCAGUCGAUUAUCGAUGAUGCGCUCGAGUGGGAGAAGCGCAGCGGCGCCACAGGGAAUGAUGUCAAGCCGAAGGACAAUGUGAAGCUGCUGGGAGUCAUCAUGGAUCAAGCACUUCGCUUCAAGGAGCAUAUCGCCGGAAUGGCCUCACCACGAACGGCAAGGCAACUGUUCACUGCGACCGUAGCGCCGACCAUGGAUUAUGCCUCCAACGCGAUCACGGGAGGGUUCCGUACGGUCGCGACGGCUGUGGCCGAGGCCGAGGCCAGCGUGCAAUCAUUUCGAGAACGCCAUGCUCAAGCGGCGUCGAGAUUCUGGAUCAGAACGCAGACGCUGCCGAGGACGCAUCCCCUGACAUCCUUGAAGCUGAAGCUGAACAGAAGGUAUGCCUCGCCAAUGCAGAAGCUUGCCUCGGCGAUGGAAAGACUAGAUACCAAACGCCUGGAAACCAUCCACGAGUUCGCACUGGCGCCGUGGGACGACCGAGUGCAGGUAACAUAUGAGACGAACGGAGAGGAGGUGCUGAAGUCGGAUGACCCGGAGGACAUCACUAUCGCGACAUCCAGCUCUCAAAGGAAAGGCAAGGUCGGGUUGGGGGGCGUCGUUCGAGACGCUCUCCUCAACAGCGCAGACGAGGUGCUGGCCAGCUAUUCCGUCACUCGGCUCCAGUGA